AAACUUACUCAGUCUGGUGGGUGACAACUGACAGCCAGCCAGCAGAAACAGCACGACUCCAACCCUCAAAACCAAACAAACAAAGGACGCAAAAACAAUUUGUCAGCUCCAAAUCACAGUCGGGUGAGGUCACGCAGCUGCCGCGAACAUGUCCGACCCGGCCGGGGAAGCCAAGCUGGAGGUGAAGCAGGCGAGCAAGGAGGUGAAGGAGAGCGAGAACGUGGCGGAGAAAUACUCAGCCAUGACCGUGAGCAAAAACAGCGACAUGAACAUGGGAGAGCUGUCGUCGGUGUUCAGCGCUGUGCCCACUCACAAACCUGUUAAAAAGCAAAUCCAGUUUGUGGAGGAAAAGCAGGAGUUCAGCAGGUUUCCCACCAAGAUGGGCCGUCGUUCUCUGUCCCGCUCCAUCUCCCAGUCCUCCACCGACAGCUACAGCUCCGAUAGCUCGGAUGACGAGAGCUCGCCGCGGGACAAAGCCCAGGUCAACUCCAAGGGCAGCAGCGACUUCUGCGUCAAAAACAUCAAACAGGCUGAAUUUGGCAGACGUGAGAUCGAGAUCGCAGAACAAGACAUGUCGGCGCUGAUUUCACUCAGGAAGAGAGCGCAGACUGAGAAACCGUUGGCGGGUGCCAAAAUUGUUGGCUGCACUCACAUAACUGCUCAGACUGCGGUGUUAAUCGAGACUCUGGCGGCUCUCGGCGCUCAGUGUCGUUGGACUGCAUGUAACAUUUACUCAACGCAGAAUGAAGUUGCUGCUGCCCUGGCAGAGAGAGGCGUGCCUGUGUUUGCCUGGAAGGGAGAGUCCGAGGACGACUUCUGGUGGUGUAUCGAUCGCUGCGUCAACACUGAGGGUUGGCAGCCGAACAUGGUCCUUGAUGAUGGAGGAGAUCUGACACACUGGGUGUACAAAAAAUACCCAAACGUCUUUAAGAAGAUCAGGGGGAUUGUAGAGGAGAGCGUUACAGGGGUUCACAGGUUGUAUCAGCUUUCUAAAGCAGGGAAACUGUGUGUUCCAGCUAUGAACGUGAACGACUCUGUGACGAAGCAGAAGUUUGACAACCUUUACUGCUGCAGGGAGUCCAUCCUGGACGGCUUGAAGAGAACCACAGAUGUGAUGUUUGGAGGCAAACAGGUGGUGGUCUGUGGUUAUGGUGAGGUUGGAAAAGGUUGUUCUGCAGCUCUGAAAGCUUUGGGAGCCAUCGUCUAUGUCACUGAGAUCGAUCCCAUCUGCGCCCUGCAGGCCUGCAUGGAUGGAUUCAGGGUGGUGAAGUUGAGCGAGGUCAUUCGCCACGUCGACGUUAUCAUCACGUGCACUGGGAAUAAAAACGUGGUGACCAGAGAGCAGCUGGAUCGAAUGAAAAAUGGUUCUAUGGUCUGCAACAUGGGACACUCCAACACCGAGAUCGAUGUGGCGAGCCUUCGGACGCCUGAGCUGACAUGGGAGAGAGUCCGAUCUCAGGUGGACCAUGUCAUCUGGCCUGAUGGGAAGAGAGUUGUCCUGCUGGCAGAGGGCCGUCUGCUGAACCUCAGCUGCUCCACUGUUCCUACCUUUGUUCUGUCCAUCACAGCCACCACUCAGGCUCUGGCCCUGAUAGAGUUGUACAACGCCCCUGAGGGACGUUACAAACAGGAUGUUUACUUGCUUCCCAAAAAAAUGGAUGAGUAUGUUGCCAGUUUGCACUUGGCCACUUUUGACGGCCACCUGACGGAGCUGACGGAUGAGCAGGCGAAGUAUUUGGGUCUGAACAAGAACGGUCCGUUUAAACCAAACUACUACAGGUAUUAGCCUGCAAAAAACAUUUCAGAGCACCCAUAUGUGGACCUAAAUAUUACCCGUCCUCCAGAAAAUGGAAAGAUUAGGUAUAUUGUAUUUUAUAUUCUUCACAGGAUGCACAGCCAAUGAC